CCCCGCUCCUCUUUAUUUACUCCAAGUUUCUAUGCCCUAAUUACCCUCAUUCCUCUCGCCCGAAAACCUCGCCGGCGCGGGUCGCCUCCCACUUCCUCCCCUUACUCGGUCUCCUUGAUCGAAAGCACCGAUUUUGCUAUCACCUAUCUGCUCCUCUUUUACUCCGCUUGUUUGCCAAUCUGGUUCCCUUCAGCCACGAUUUGAGGUCAGAAAAGGAGUGACUUUUACCAUGCUGAGACCCCGCGCCACCCGCUUCGCCAUCUGGUGCACCCGCAGGUCCCUCGGAUCGAAGCCCCUCGACGAAUCGCCAAACGCCGCCGCUUCAUUGAGUGGUACGUCGGGCCGUUCGGUUUGCAGCUUGUCUCUAGGUUUCUUGGUUGGAAACUCUGAAGUGGGCGCUGCACGCCGUACGGUAAAGUUGAAUGUGUUUCCUAAUGCGGCACAUACUAUGAACUUUGUUCCAAGCAGAUUAUUUCAUGGCACACGACCAGUGUUAGCAAGGGACUACUAUGAUGUACUUGGUGUUAGCAAGAAUGCAAGUGCCUCUGAUAUCAAGAAAGCUUAUUACGCACUUGCAAAGAAGCUCCAUCCUGAUACAAACAAAGAUGAUAGUGAUGCAGAAAGAAAGUUCCAAGAAGUUCAACGUGCUUAUGAGGUGUUGAAGGAUGAGGAUAAGCGAAGGAUAUACGACCAGGUUGGUCCUGAUUCAUUUGAACAAGCUGCUGCAGGAGGUGAUCCUGGUUCUGGUGGGCCUUUUGCUGAUAGUUUGAAUAUCUAUAUUUUUCUGGUUAUUUAUAUCAUUGAUUUGUUUCAUAAUUUUGAUCAUGUCUUGUUUGUAUCCCUUCAACAGUUUUUCAGAAACAUGUUCAGAGGUGGAAAUGCUGGAGGACAAGAUGUUAAGAUUCCACUAGAAAUUUCAUUUAUGGAAGCAGUCCAAGGGUGCACCAAGACGGUGUCAUUUCAAACUGUUCUCGCUUGUGAAACAUGUGGUGGUAGGGGUUAUCCUCCUGGAACCAAGCCUGAAGCAUGUAGGACCUGCAAAGGUUCUGGAAUGAUCUUCAUGCAAAAUGGUCCUGUCAGAUUUCAGAUAUCAUGCUCACAAUGUGGUGGAUCAGGGAGAACUGUGAGGAAUGUAUGCAGCUCAUGCAAAGGACAGAAAGUGGUGAAAGGUGUGAAAUCAAUCAAUCUCGAUAUAGUGCCUGGAGUGGAUAAUGAUGACACAAUACAAAUUCGUGGAAGUGGGGGAGCAGAUCCUGAAGGAAAUCAACCUGGUGAUCUUUUUAUUAACAUAAAGGUCCGGAAUGAUCCUGUCUUUCGGAGAGAGAAAUCAGAUGUUCAUGUUGAUGCUGUCUUAGGUGUCACUCAGGCGAUUUUAGGGGGAACUAUUGAAGUGCCAACUCUUACUGGAGAUGUACAUCUUAAGGUUAAACCUGGAACUCAACCUGGUCAGAAGGUUGUCUUAAGAGGAAAAGGAAUAAAGACAAGAAAUAGUUCGCAAUAUGGGGAUCAGUAUGUCCAUUUUAAUGUGUCGAUACCAGUUAAUUUAACGCAUAGGCAAAGAAUGUUGAUCGAGGAAUUUGCAAAAGAGGAGCAGCAAGGAGAAGAAAAGAGGGAUACUGUUGCUGGAGCAUCGCAAUGAAUCAUGCCACAGCUUUGUAAACAUACUUAGAUAGGUCAUAUUUUUCUUACAAUGAUCAUAGUUCUCCUCCUUAUUUUGUUUAAUGUUUAUUUUGAGUUGUUGGCCGCAACUGCCAUAGGAGAUUUAUAGAUUACUAAAUAAUGGACUAACUUGCCAAUCA